AUGGAGCAAGCUCCCCCUUCACUAUCCCAAUUAUUUGGCAUCCUAACAAACAAAAAACUAACCUCUCUCCCUCCUUCAGAAUUCCUACCGGUCUCUCACCAAUCACAACUCCCACCUCUGCCCCCUCCCCAACAUCCUUUACCUUUACCCUCCCCGCCCGCUCCUACCAACACAUUUGCGUCUUCAUCCUCCCCGGAAUCACCCUCCCCCCCCUCCACCGCCGCCGCAGUCUACAUCUCUCUCCCGCCCUCCCCCACCGGCGCAUCAACCGAUCCCCCCUUCAAAUUCCUCGGGGGCAUCGGCCCCGGAAAAGAAAGCGCCAUAUUCAAAAUCAACCGCGACAUUUCCUCCUCUCAAGCACCCAACAAUGCCCCCGAAGUCGACAUGGACGCUGAAUCCUCAACGCCCCAAAUGCAAGGCGAAAUCACCAUCGGAAUCUCUCUCGAGAGCGCCGAAUCAGUAUCUGCACAAAUGGCACAGCUAUCUUCGUCCCAUUCUUCCGCAGGCGCAUCGUCGUCAAAUCCUGGAACCUCUUUAGUUCUCUCCAGGCCUCAGCCCACGAAUACGGAUACGCUGGUCCUGGCGCAACGCAUAAUAAAAAAUGCGUUUAAUUUCCUCGCGAGUUUUAGCGGUAAUAUCAUGGAUGCGGGAAAUGGGAAGGGGGUGGAAGUUGUGCCUCUCAAGGCGUUUGAAGAGUGGUGGAAGAAGUUUGAGGCGAGGGUGAGGAAUGAUCCGGGGUUUUUGGAGAAAGAUGGGGAUUGA